CGAUCGUGUUGGCCUCACGGUCUCUUUUGACUUGCACUCGUUGAUCCAAAGCUCUUUUCUUGCAUUCUCUUGAGACGUGCAACGACUGUCUGGUUCUGUCAUAUCCAUGAGCGUGUCAUCAGAAGACAUUGCUGAAGAGAUUCGUACCAGUCUCCCUGGCACCGAAGAGAUUGUUGUCCAAUACAUCUCUGGCUACCUUCUCGAUCUCGACGAUGCUGCUGAAGAUGAAGACGUUUUACAUGUAACCCAGAGUAUUCUCGAGUCCGCAAUUCCAUUUUCCUCGCGAAAGAGCCAACAUGGACAACUAGAAAAAGUCAUGACCGUGCUUGGUCGGAUGCUAGCUGAGCCAUUGAGCAAGAGGGAAGAGAAGAACAGGGCGGGAAGGACAAAUGGACUUGUGAGGCUGGAUAAGGUCAUGGACAUGAGUAAGAAUGGGGUCAUGAGCAGCACUAUUGCGUUCACGGAAGGAGUGGACUUGGAGAGCAUCAACAAGGGCAAAGCUUCGCGUGUGGAUGUGAAGAAACUUGAGAAACAAGAAGCGAAACUGAAGGCCAAGAUCGAGAAGCGCUCCAAGAGGACCUUAUAUGAGGGCUCCAAGUUACUGGAUCAGCACAGAAAACAGCAAUCGUACGAGGAGAUGUUCAUGAAGAUCAAUCCCUUGGACGCGAUUGCAUCGAAGAACAAGUCGAAAGACAUCCACCUCACCAAUGUCGAUGUCAACUUUGGUUCGAACCGCAUCCUCUCAGGCGCCUCGCUUACACUUGCCUAUGGCCGCCGAUAUGGUCUCAUUGGCCGUAACGGUGUUGGAAAGUCGACGUUGCUCCGUCACAUCGCUAUGCGUGAAGUGCCGGUCCCGCCGCAUAUCACCAUCCUCUUCGUCGAGCAGGAGAUUGUCGGAGAUGACACCACUGCCAUUGACUCCGUGCUCAAGGCGGACGUCUGGCGAGACAUCCUGAUGCGCGAGGAGGCUGACUUGAAUGCAAAGCUCGCCGCACUCGAGGCAGAGAGCGAUGACAAACGGUUCGAAGACGCGCGCGAAGAGGCGCAGGCUCGUCUGGCUGAGGUUCAUGCUCGACUGGCCGAUAUGGAGGCUGAGAGCGGGCCGGCGAGAGCUGCGGCUUUGCUUGCAGGCAAGCUCUUUUCGAAAUGGUCGUGGCGGUUGGGCUUCAGCGAGGCUGAUCAGUCGCGGCCAACGAAGGCAUUCAGUGGUGGUUGGAGGAUGCGACUGGCGUUGGCAAGAGCGCUCUUCGUGAAACCUGCAUUGCUAUUGCUGGACGAGCCCUCCAACCAUAUCGAUCUCAAUGCGCUCGCGUGGCUGGAAGACUACCUUCAAACAUGGCAAGGCACCUUGCUGGUCGUAUCACACGAUCGUGCGUUCCUUGAUGCUGUCGCGACGGAUAUUGUUCACAUGCAUUCCGGACGUCUGGAUUACUACAAGGGGAACUUCACGCAGUUCUACUCUACAAAAUCUGAACGCGAUCGCAACCUCCGAAAGGAGUAUGAGACACAGUUGGAUUAUCGAAAGCAUCUGCAGGCCUUCAUCGACCGGUGGCGGUACAACGCAAACCGGGCUGCACAAGCGCAGUCAAAGAUCAAGAUCCUUGAGAAGCUGCCAGAACUGCACCCUCCAGAAACAGAGGAGACGGAGAGUUUUAAGUUCCCUGAGACGGAAAAGAUCUCGCCGCCGGUGCUGCAGCUGAGCGAGGUAUCAUUCGGAUACACGCCUGAUCGUAUCAUUCUGCGGAAUGUCAAUAUUGAUGUGGGGCUCGACUCCCGGAUGGCGAUCGUGGGCCCGAACGGCGCCGGAAAGUCAACAUUGAUCAAGUUAUUGACAGGCGAGCUAAAGCCGCUCUCGGGUCAUGUCAAUCAGAACGGCCGCUUGAGGAUAGGAUACUUUGCCCAACAUCAUGUUGAUACACUCGACCCGAGCUUGAAUCCAGUACAGUUCCUUGCGUCAAGGUUCCCUGGAAAGACAGAGCAGGAAUAUCGGUCUCAUUUGGGCAACUUCCAGAUUAGCGGAAUGACAGGGUUGCAGCUGAUCGGCACGCUGAGUGGAGGUCAGAAAUCUCGAGUGGCUUUCGCGUUGCUCUCGCUGCAGAGGCCGCACGUCCUGCUCCUUGACGAGCCUACUAACCACCUGGAUAUUGAGGGUUUGGACGCGCUCAUGGCAGCACUCAGUGCGUGGAAUGGCGGAGUCAUUGUGAUAUCUCACGACGAGAGAUUCAUCACCACCGUGGCCAAGGAGUUGUGGGUAUGCGCGGAUGGCUCCGUCACGAAGUUCAAGGGAGACGUGCAGGCGUACAAGAGCCUCAUUGUGAACAGCAUCAAAGCAAAACCAUAGAAUACGACAUUGACAAGUUCUGUACUAUUGCGUUGUCUGUAUGCUUACAUUGUCGCAAUAUGGAAUUUGGUCGGCAAGCUCAAUUGCCAGUGCUGGCACACAUUCCCCAGAAGCGAUCUAUGUACCCUCCCGGCAAAGUUUAUGGAGGUGGACCUUUUAAAUUAGAGCCCGCGUCGAGUUGCCUUAUCAGAUUUUCUUUGGUCACUGUCCAGCAGUGAGAGUAAGCUGCAGCCUGCCGUGUUUCUCUCACGUACAGCAGUCACCUGUGGUGCAUCACAGUCUGGCAUAUUUGUGAUAGAGUGGGCAGAAAUAUGCGUAGAUAUCAUAUUGCGGUCGAAAUGUC